AUGUCAAAAGCGUGUUUGAAAUCCGAGUAUGAGUACUGCAAAACAGAGGAUGGAUUUUCCUAUAGGAGAAGAAUUAAGGCAUCAGACAAAAAGGAUCAAUGUAAGGAAGCAUCAUCGCAGCCUAUUAGCGAUCUUCUGUUUUCUUCUUGUAGAAAGAUCAAUGAAGCAAAUAGAUUUGAAUAUACCAAUCAAGAAACGGAAGAUGGCUUAACUUUCAGAAGAAAAAUAAAAAUAGGUGAUCUUGAAGCUCAAAGUAUUAAAAAUGAAAAUGAAGCACCCUUAUCGAUCAGCAAAAGUAAUAUUGAACAAUCUUUAAAAUUCAAAGAAAAUGUUCAAAUUAACUCAAAUUUGCUAUCAUGCAGAAAAAUAAACUUUAAUGAAUCGAUAGGAAAAGAAGAAGAAAAGACCAGUAAAAUUGAGCCAGUUGAAGAAUGUUUAAUAAACUUAAAACAUGAAGAAUGAGAAAAAAAAUCUGAAGCAAUGAACCAGUGUGAAGUUGAUAAUGGCUUGUCUUUUAGAAGGAAAAGAAAAGCUAUUGAUAAGCUUGAAAGCGAUUCAAAGCAGCCAAUUUUAAUUGAAAAACAAAUUUCUCUUCCAAUCAAGCCAACAGAAAAUUUGGAGCUGCCUAUACCCCGCCUAGAUACUUCCAUUAGACACCCGAAAAGAUGUCCUGAUUUCCCCGAUUUUUCUUUUACAAUUAAAAAAAAUUACAAAAUAUUUCCAUCUUCAAUUAGAUUGCUAUAUUUUCUUGAGGAUCUCAUUUUCGAAUUAAAAGCGACCCUUAAGCUGACAUAUUCAGCUCACCCAGAUUUUCUUUCAGUAUGUGAAUUUUUGUUAAACUGCAUUAAUAAAGAAGCCUCCAUUUUACUGGAAACAUUUAACGAACAAAAAAAGAAAAAAUGAAAUGAAAAAACGAUUGGAGAAAUAGAAGAAAGAGAAAGGAGGAGGAGAGAUGAAGAAGAGUGGAGAAUAUUUUUCAAAAAAAUAAGAAAGAACCCAAUUAAUUUAUUUUUGAAGAAUGAAAAGAAAAUGAUUGAAAUCGCUUUAUUGAAGUAAAUUUUAUUUAGGCUGAAACAGCCAGACAAGGAACUUGAAAAUGCUAAGUCACUUGUUUUUGAUAAAAGACAUUUUUGUGAUAAAACUCGAAUGCCAAUGGCGAAUGCUUUAGCAAGUUUUUCGAGUGAUAUGAGGAAUGCAGUAAUUUAAAAUUAGAUGCAAUUAAAUUUAGUCAAGCUUGCAAGCUAUGCAGAAAUUGUCCAUGCUAAAUCUCAGAAAAAUGGCAAUAUUACAGUGAUUGAAGAUUUUAGUAUUUUUUUCCCAAUUUUUUACUCUGAUUCGAGAGCACUUGUAUUUCGUUUCCUGCAUUAA